AUGCAGAACAGCAACUUGAACGAGAUUCUGAUGCGAAGCCAGCGACUCAAGCAGGAAUCGCGCGAGAACUUCGAGAAGCACAGACAGAAUGCGUGCGAGCAGCGAGAGACUCGCGAACAGUUUGCCCGGACGUGCUUCGAGAAUAUGGUAAGUACUCUUAUCAUAUCUUUCAUCUCCUUCAAUCCGAAAUCGCGUGCGCAUUCCCCAUUCCGCAUUCCAAUCCACGCGCGCGCGCUUCUCUUUCCCUCUCCGCAUCCACUUUCUUUUUCUUUUCCGCCCCGACAACAACACUUUUGCAAUCGUCUCUCCUAACAGGUGACUGACCCUCUCUCCCUCUUCCCCUCUCCCUCUCCUCAUCAGCUGAUUGACUAGACAAACCGUAUUGGGGGGAAAGGAAGAGGGAGUCGUUGCUCGGUGAGCACCACACUUUGCCGUGCAGUCAUCAUGAUAACAGUGAGUGUGCGUUCGCCCACCGACAAGGGCGGAUUAGUGAAGAACAGACCACUCGCGGAUAGGUAGAUAUAAUUGGCGAGCGGGAUUAGGUAAAGAUGGCGAUGGCUGGUGUUGAUCAGCCAAUGACUCGCACGGGAUAGGUGAAACAUCUGCGAUGCAAUGCUGACGUUACGAGUGGCUGAGCAGAGAGAGAGAGAGAGAGGGGACGUGCAUGUGUGCAUACCUGUUUUGAGUCAGACAGUACAGACAGACAGAGUGACGUCAUCGACCCUAGAUUCCCUUCUGACCCUUUAUCAUUUCAGAUGCUCGAACGCCUCGCUUCAAUCGACGAUUCCCUCCGCUCCUUCGAGGUCAGAAUCCAGGCAGAGGUAGAGAAGCGAGUGACCUCAAUCGUCACGGACUUCCUCGAAAGCGAUGCUCUCCGCAACAUGGUCGACGAGCGCGUCGCCGAGAUCUGUGGCGCUUCCUCCGCCUCCACCGCCUCCUGCUGCUCCUCAACUUGUGCCGACACGCCGUCCACUUCAGCUCCAGAAGAAGAGGAAGUUGAGCCGGAGCCAGAGCCGUCUUGCUCCAGCAGCGCCAGUGAUAUACCCGCCACAUCGUCGCACUACCCGAACAAAUGGGAGUUCAUCUCGACGUUGCAGCCAGGAGAGAUUGCGAACUUCCGAUUGGAGCAGUUCACGGAUCCGGUGAGAACUGCGCUGAAGAUGACGUCAGACGAGGACCUGUUCCCGAGGAUGUCUCUGGAGGAAAUGAUCGAGAGAGAUCAUCCGACCACUUCGGAUUGCGAACUGUUCGACGAGAAGAAGAUCACGUGCCGCAACAGACCCCAGGGCAAAGUGCUCACCGACGAGGAGUUCUUCUGUCUUGCUCCGUGCUGCAGUGACUCUCGACUCUUCCAGGCCGCCUCCUGCCCGUUCCUUCCAAGCUUUGUGAAGAAACGAAUGGUGCUGGACGAGUGCGGUGUUCUCAUUCAAACUAGGGCCAAUGGAAUCGAGCUGAUCACUCCGGUGCGAUGGCAAGUCGCGAGACCGAUUGUGCCGCAAGUGCCGCCGACGACGGAUGGCCAGCCUACGCAGGAGGAUGAGGAAGACGAAGAAGAAGACGCGGAAGACGAGAACCCACUCGCCAACCGAGAAAUCGUCGAGCAAUGUGAGUCGGGGAAUGGGUUGUCGAGACCCAAUAUCCGUUGAUUUCAGUGAUGCACGAGUUCUUCAUCCCCACUCCGUCCCUCCCGACCGACGACUACAUUUUCGGUCCCUAUCUUCAAAAAGUCCGAGAAUCAGAUGACAUGCCAGUCGACCUUCUGCGUGCUCUUGUUCGACGGGUCAACUGUAAGUUCUGACUCUUCAGCUUCUGACCAACUCGAUUCGCUUUCAGCAAACUUGGACAACAGCUACGAGAACCACCAGCAACUGGAGUUGUUCUCCGAGUUGGAUCAAGUGGAAGUGGACGAAAAGUACGGCCGAAUAACUCUUGAUCCACUGAACAACUCUCCCAAUUAA